AUAUAUACAAGGAUCGCGCAUAUAAAUCGUAACCGAGAGCGGGCGAGAGAGAGAGAGCGAGCGAGAUGUGGGAAUCAAUCUUCUUGACGAUAGCUGCCACCGCCGGCAACAACAUCGGCAAAGUCCUGCAGAAAAAAGGCACCGUCAUUCUCCCUCCUCUUUCUUUCAAGCUCAAGGUCAUAAGAGCAUAUGCUUCCAAUAGAACUUGGAUCAUAGGCUUUCUGAUGGACAUUUUUGGAGCUGUCUUGAUGCUGCGAGCACUAUCUCAAGCUCCUGUAAAUGUUUUAUAAUCAUUUUCCUUUUAUACAAACUUAGCCCC